CAUUCAUGGAAUUCCUAAAGAAAUGGCAUAGCCCAAUCCUUUCUGUAUGCUGGACCAUGAGCUAUACGAAAUUGAACUUUUUCUUGACUAUCCUGGGAGCAAUCACCUUUUUAUUCGACAUCGGAAUAGAUUUAUGGAUUACAUUCAAAUACUUCCAGCAAGAACUCCCUGUAUUUGGCCUGCUGACCAUAUUCUUUGUUCUCGCGUCCACCCUGAUAAUACAAGCCUUUAGUUACACGUGGUUUAAAGAUGAUUGUCAUGAAGACAGUUUGGGUAAACUGAAAGGAAUCCUUGUCCUUCACAUCUUUCUACUUGGAAUAUUUGUAAGAUGCUUGUUUGUUUUGAAAUAUGGAUUCCAAGUCAAUUAUGACCCCAAGAAAAAGAAUUGUGAUGAGACCAAGAAGAGAGCAGUGGAAGCUAUGACAGACCUGAGUAUGUUGAAGUGCUUUAAAACAUACCUGGAGAGCACACCACAGCUUAUUCUACAGAUCUACAUCUUGAUGGAGCAUGGGCAGAUCACUGUAUUUCAAUAUGCAUCUAUCUUGGUAUCUGUCACCAGUAUUUCAUGGUCCACUGUUGAUUAUCAAAUGUCCCUGCGGAAAUCUUUGCCAGGAACAAAGGGUAUCAGUGUGGGAGCCCCUAUGCUUUCUUAUGUAUUCUACAAAUUGUUUACCUUGACCUCCUGGAUUGUCAGCAUUGUCUUUCUCCUAAGCUGCAGUGUUCACCUCUUUACCGUUCUGCUGGUUGUACUCAGCCUUGCUGGCUUUUUCUGGGCCUGGAAGGUGAAAACGGAUUUCUGCAGAACUCAAAGGAUGGAAUUUUUGUACAGGGCUGUAGUUGGAAUUAUUUUGGUUUUUACCUUCUUCAAUAUAAAAGGACAAAGGACUCUGGUUCCCAUUUCUAUUUAUUAUGUUGUUCGGACUCUAGCCACGAGUGGAAUUCUUGUCUUCUGCUUCUACCUCCGGCCCGUAUUUGUGAACACUUUGGUAUUUGUGAUACUUAGCAUUGCUGUAGUUGGUGCCUUGGGGGUGGGUAUUUUUUCAUUGAUUCUGUACUAUGCAUGUUUCCAUCCUAGCCUCCGACCUUUGCAUCAGAGCAAGGGGGAUACAGUAGAUGGUCCUACCAGCACAUUCAGGAGCGAAAGAGCCGAAAAAUUCAUAAUGUCUUGA